CAUAGGUUUGUUUACGCGGCAGUUUUAAGAUUUUCAGCUCCGGAUAUUCGAUAUAUUUAUAAUUAUUAUGACAAAAAAACGCUUAGUUUGUUGUUUACUACCACCAUUUGCUUAAUCCUAUACCGCUGUAAUCCUGUCAUGAUGUGAACUGCUGCCUGCACGAGAUCACGUAAACUUGUUUAUCGCAAUAGGGCUGAUCACGGCUUGCAGUAAGCGGGUCAACAACAGAAGAGAUGUAUAAAUCGUGGCAUGUUUUUAAAAGACCGUACUUAUUUCAGUGUGUCCCUUGUGUACUAGGUACUGUAUUGUCGUGGGUUUCGCGCCAUCUUUUCCGAAUCAUAGUUUCCAGUAGCACAACCAUGGCAGAAAGAGACCGAUGCGGCGUGUUUUUUUUAUUAUAUAUAUUCCAUAUAUGAUCCACGAUUGAUACCAGUUGUUCUUUGGAUAAGAAAGUACUGUGAUAACACUACGACACGGUAGCUUGUUAUUGAUUUGUUCGAGGGGUAUUAUCGCAGCACGUAAUUGUAUGUAUAUCAGCAUGUAACCGUCUGCACCUUUUUUUGUUUAGAAAUCAUAGAUCAAAAUAUAUCGCAAAAAGCGAUUUAAAAAUGUCCGUGGACGAGCCCAAUGCCGAACAGCAUUGUUUGGCCAGCAAGUUGAAACACUAUUGUGCUUUGUUUAUGGAAUUGAAAAAUUUACAGCAAAAUGGAGUACUAUGUGAUGCUACAGUCCAAGCACGGAAUACUGGAGAAACUGUAAAAGUACACAAAGUUGUGCUGAAAAGUGCAAAGUCGUUUGACAGCGGCUACGAUUCUGACACCGAGGAAGAAUAUUAUCGUAAUACCUCAUGCUCUGACGAACCUGUAUUCGAAGAGGUUUACCCGCCACAAGACAAAAUGAAACAUGUGGCAGAACAGAUGGAAUAUAUCAAUACCUUGCGACGUCGGGGAGAAUGUUGCGACAUCACCCUGCAAGCGUCUGGUAUACCUUAUCAAGCACACAAGGUCGUCUUGGCCGCGGGAAGUGAAUAUUUUAAAAUUAUGUUCACUGCAGACAUGAAAGAAUCAAGUAUGAGUUGUAUCAAUCUCGACGAUGCCGCCAAACAGCUGGACGAUUCACAGUUGCACAAGGUGCUUGAUUACAUUUACACAGGUGAAAUAUCGAUAGAUAACGACAGUAUUUUGCCUAUCCUACUUCAUUCGAGAUAUUUUCAAAUUCCGACUCUCACCAACGAGUGCCAAGAUGUUUUAAUUGCGCAAUUGUCCAAAGUAAAUUGCUGCGGUUUCUAUGUCUUGGCGAAAUGCUUUGCUUUGGAUGCCUUAAAAAAAGAAUCUAGUCUAUAUAUACACGACUAUUUUCCUGAAUUAAAGGGCGUUUCUCAUGACAUCAAUCUUUUAGAAAAAGUCGAUUUCCCCCAGUUUUUACAAAGUGAUAAUCUUGGACAAAAUUGUGCUCCAUUGAACAAAUGUGAAAGCCGAGUGUUGAAUAAUGUGGUUGAAUGGCUUUCCAGUGCAAAUUUUCAAGAUGCUUCUGAACUUCUUAGUAAUAUUCGGUUCACCCUCGUGCCAAAAAAGGAUAUUCUGGAACAGUAUAAAGUUAUACAGAGCACCGGUUCCGAAAAUUCUAAGUCUGCAUUGAACUUUCUUCAAAAUGCUUUGGAAUAUCACAAGAAACUGUAUGAACAACCAUUGCUACAAGCACCAAAUUCGCAACUCCGUGCUUGUGAAUCUAGUAGAGUAUGUUUGGAUGGAGUACUCGCACCCGAUACUGUGAAGUUACCGUCAAUGUGUUUUCAUGCUAAACGAGCAGAAGAAUUGAAAGAGAAUCCAAAAGAUUCGUCUGACAAAAUUCGUGAUCCAUUCCACAGUGUGGUUCUACUCAACGGAUUUGUUUAUGUAAUCGGCGGUACAAGACAAACUGCUCAAGGUUACAGCAAGGAAGUUCUACGUUACGAUUCUCGUUUAGAUACAUGGAUAACAGUUGCACCAAUGAACCGCGAAAGAGGCGAUUUUUAUGCAUGUGCCAUUGGAAACUAUUUGUACGUUUUCGGUGGACGAAACAGGCGCGGUGUUUUGAGUUCGUGUGAGCGGUACGAUCCAAAGCGGAAUAGUUGGGAUCAAAUAUCUGAUUUACCAGAAGCAUUGUGCAUGAUGGCUGGUGUAGUAGAAAACGGUUGUGUUUACUUGUCCGGUGGCUUUACCGAGUAUGAUGCCGUAGGAACAACCUCGAAGUACGACCCAGAGAAAAACCAGUGGGAAGAAAUUCCAACUUUCAUGUUCAAAGACCGGGGGUACCACGUCAUGAUAAGUGAUGGACAGGGACAUUUAUGGGCCAUAGGUGGAGUUGACAAUCCGUUCGCUGGGCGCAAUGUUUGGGAAGUUGAGCGUUUCGACAUUGAAGAUCAAAUGUGGAACUACGUCGGCCAAGUGUUGGCCAUUCAACCAUUUUUAUCCGUUCAACGGCUUAAUGCAUUUCUAGACGAUGGUGGUCGUAUAUGUGUGUUCGCGGUAACAAAUAUUGAUCAUUCGCCAUUGAUGAGGUACGACAUCGGUCAAAACUUAUGGGAGGCAAUUGAAGAGCCUGUGAACUAUUUUGAAAUUAUAACUGAAUCUGGAUGACAAUUUGUAAUAAAUACAAAUCAAUAGCCAAUGGCGCUCUCGCCUAUAUAUGUGUUAACAAUUUUUAUUUUUUGUAUCGCUGGUGUCUUACCGAAUUGUUAUUUCUUUAUUGACUUCCUAUUACGAGUUCGUGGUGGUUUCAUGAAAGCACUGUAUUUUCAUUUUUUAUCCAUAAAAUGGAUAAUUUUUUUCCUGGUCAAGCCAGAUUAUGUUCAGAACUUCAGUAUAAUGAUGAUCUUUUGUCCAAGCGGUGAUCCAGUGGACUUUUGUUUGGAUGGUGCUUUUAAGGUUCAUUCCAUCAGUAGCCUGUGAGUUUCGUUUUCUAAGUCCUAACUUAGUUGCCAUAUUUUUCUUAAAUGCGCAAUUUGUCUACGUGCAUUUUGUUCAGAGACUGUUUUCUGGUUGAUUCAUUUUCGAAUCCGCUAGUUGAAAAUUAGAAAAAACUAACUUUUUGUUCACGGAUGGUUUCAAAAUACCUAUUGUGCAAUUUUUUUCUUAUGCCAGUGCGACUGGACGUAUAGUUCACAAUAAAGAUAUGAACUCAGUGGUGGAUAGCAUCUUAUUUUCUUUAUGUUUUUGAAAAAAAUAAAGGUGUAUUUGCUGAAUUGAA